ACAGGCGUGACUUAGGUGAGGGGCGGGUUAUUGUAUGUCUAGUAACCGUUCCCUGAAUGCCAUUUCUAUGGUGAUGAAGUUGCUUCCAGCACAGCCUUCUCACACGGGUGUUGUGACCAUAUUUAUAGGAGCUGCCAGCAGUAGCCAGAAGUAUCUGCAUUUUGUCAAAGCCGUAUAAAAUCUCUGAGGCACUAUGGCAACCAAUGGUAGACCUGGAGUCGGAGUUGGUGUUGUGAUUACAAGUACAUCUCAUCCAGGCUGUGUUCUGCUGGGAAGAAGGAAAGCAAAGGGAUCUCCAGGAGCUGCCAUGUAUCAACUACCAGGAGGACAUCUGGAAUUUGGUGAAAGCUGGGAGGCCUGUGCGGAGCGUGAGACCCUGGAGGAAGCAGGACUUCACCUUACCAAUGUCCGUUUUGCUUCAGUAGUCAAUUCAAUUAGCAUUGAACAUAAUUAUCAUUACAUCACAAUUCUAAUGAAAGGGGAAGUCGACUUGAAUUAUCCAUCAGAACCAACAAAUAGAGAGCCUGAGAAAAACGAAGGCUGGAAUUGGGUUAAGUGGGAAGAGUUUCCUCCAAAUGACCAGCUGUUCUGGGCUUUGUACUGUUUAAGACAGCAAGGAUAUAAUCCCUUCACAGAAGAUUUUAAUCAUCUCUACCCAGCCCAGAGAUGACCCUGGACAACAAGAGAUUUUAUAGUAGAAAAUAUAUUUACUGCACAUUUUCUUUAAUACGGCAACAUACAUUAUUUACCUGUGUUUUCAACCUAAUUUCCAGCUGUAAAAACUUGUAGUUUAACUAGAUUUUUUAUUGCCUCACUUUUUCUGUUUUCAAUUUCAAACUGUAGAAACGGUUACAGAAAUAAAUACAAGGAACGGUUCCAGCAAAGACUCCACCAAUUACAUUUUACACAGUAAUAUUUGUGACGGACAUAGUUUAAAUGUUUUGAAGCCUUUUACAAAGCGGUAAUAAAAGACCUAGGGGUGUAUCUAUAAAACAUU